CUAACCAUCCCAGAUGUACGCGCAGUGGAUGCGGGGACCUAUGUGUGCACAGCCCGAAACAGGAAUGUGAAAAUGGACAUCCCAACUGUGCUGGUAGUGACUGGUGUAGUGCCAUAUUUUGCCCAGGCACCAACUUCUUUCAUGGCCUUGCCAACAUUGCCUGAUGCUUAUUUGCAGUUCAACAUUGAAGUAUCGUUCAAACCUGAAAGUUCUGAUGGUUUAAUCCUUUACAAUGGGCAGCAGAAAGAAGGUGGUGGAGACUUUGUGUCCCUUGGCUUGAACAACAGCUAUGUGGAGUUCAGAUUUGAUGUUGGCUCUGGUCCCGCUGUAAUUAGGUCUGAUCACCCGAUCCGUAUUGGGGAGUGGCACACUGUCAAACUGAGCAGGACCAGGAAGCAAGGAACCAUGUAUGUCGAUGGCAAUGGUCCAUACAGUGGAACAGCUCUUGGAAGAUUCCAGGGGCUCGAUUUGGUGGAACCACUAUACGUAGGAGGAGUACCAGAUUUCAGAAACAUUCACAGACUCAGUGGAUUCAAUCGAGGCUUUGUUGGUUGCAUAAGUCGCCUUCUCAUUGGGUCAGUUCACCAUGAACUGGUACGUGAUGCCACACUGAAUCAGGGAGUCACAACUUGUGAGACUUGUGCAGUGAACCCUUGUUUGAACCAGGGGGUGUGCCAAGAAGCCACAGAACUGCAGGGAUACUCAUGCAUCUGUCCUCCAGGCUUCAGCGGGCUCAACUGUGACCGGGUUGGUGAGGCGUGCUUUCCAGGAGCAUGUGGAGUUGGGCGGUGUAUUAACAGAGAUGAAGGUUUUGAGUGCCUGUGUCCAUUUGGCAAGCAGGGAGCACACUGUGAAAAUGACAUCGAUAUCUCAGAACCAGCCUUUGCAGAUGAUGCUUAUGUCUCCUAUCCGACACCCAAAGCUCUUCGCAGGUUAAAAAUGGCCCUAAAGUUCAACCCUGCAGAUGCUCAGGAUGGACUACUGAUGUACUGUGCACAAAGUGAGGAUGGCCAGGGAGACUUCACGUCGCUAGCAAUCCGAGACAAGCGACUGGAGUUCAGGUUUGAUACUGGCUCUGGUCCAGCUGUGAUUCGUAGUGAGAGAGAAGUGACACCUGGGGAAUGGACUACAGUUUCUGUGGGUCGUAAUUUCCGAGAAGGUCAGAUUAUAGUUAAUGAUGGUGCUCCAGUAGUCGGUCAGUCUCCUGGUCAGACACGAGGACUGAACCUCAAGACUCCGCUCUAUGUUGGUGGUUAUGACAAGCAACGCAUUCGUCUUGCUGAUGGUGUUGGUGUUAAGAAGGGUUUCAGCGGUUGUGUUAGAGAGAUUCAGAUGUCAGGUGAGAAACUAGACAUUGUUGGUUCAGUGGUGGAUGCAGCAAAUGUUCAGGACUGUGGCAGUCUGUAUAGAAGAAAUCAUUAUACAACAGCUUCACCUUGUGAUCGUAACCCCUGUCUCAAUGGUGGCACAUGCAGACUGAUAGACUCCAUUGGACACUACAACUGCACAUGUCAAGAUGGUUUCAGUGGACAGCACUGUGAGCUGGAAGCAGAUCUGUGUGUUGCUCUUUACCCAUGUCACAAUGGUGGUCAGUGUGUAGGAACUCCCAAUUCAUACAAAUGUAGAUGUCCAACAGGCUAUGGAGGCACCAACUGUGAGCAGGCUGCUGAAUUCUCAUCAGAAGUCAGCUUCCAAGGUGAUGGCUACAUUGAACUGAGCAACUCUCUGUUGCCCCACAAGACGCCCACAGAGAACGAAGUAAUUACUCUUGAGUUCUCCACCACUGAGCCUAAUGGACUUAUCUUUUGGCAUGGGCAGACACCAGACACUGAUGGACGAACACAGCAGGAUUAUGUUGCUCUAGCUGUUGUAGAUGGCAUAUUGGAAUUCAGCUUCGAACUAGGCUCAGGCCCAGCUCAGAUCCAGACUCGAGCAGAUACAAGGGUGGAUGAUGGCAAGCGUCACCAUGUGAUACUAAGAAGACAAGCCAGCGAUGGCAGCAUCGAACUAGAUAGUAUCACAGAGUUUGGAGAGAGUCAGGGCAUUCUGAAGAUGCUUAACACUCGAGGCAAUAUCUAUAUUGGAGGAUUGCCAGACUUUGAUCGCAUGACAGGUGGAAAAUAUUUGCGCGGCUUUGUGGGCUGUAUCCACUCUCUACUUAUUCAAGAAUCAAGUGGUCCAGGACUGAAUUUCAGAGAGGAAGCUCUCUACAGUGUAAAUGCUUUACCUUGCACUAAUGACCCUGAUGUUGCUGACAACAGUUUGGGAGGUUUAGAGGAUCAUAUUCAUAAAUAACGAAUCAAAAUAAGGAAUAUAAACAAGUAAUGUGUUCAUAUGUGGGAUUUCCACAGUAGAUACCAAGUUCCAUGUGAAUUACGAAACCACAGAAUGGAGGAAGAGGCAGAACAAUUUCUGUUUUGUCAGUUAAUAGAUGGAAAUUUCUUCUCCACAGUCUGAACUUGUAUUCAUGGUGUCCAUACUAGUUUUAUGAUGUCCCAUUAUGUUUUUAUAUAUAUUCGUGUGUAUCUUUUUCAACCAAGUACUUUUUAUAUGUGACUCAUAGUUUAUUUUUUACAUUAGAUACCUAAUAACAUACUUACAACUUGUAAAAAUCAGUAGUCAUCAUUAUUAUCAUCAUAUCAUCAGAGGGCUUUGAGACUGAAACUUGUUAGAACCUGGCACCACAUACUUGGUUCUUCUGUUAUCAGAGCAGUCUCUAGUAAUUAUGAGUCCUGUACACGCCCUCAGUGUUAUGCAUUUAACUAACUUCUGUUAAACAGGUCUAGAUAUGUAUACCUCACAGACACAGGAAUGAAAAAGCGAUUUUUGCUCAUGGUGAAGUACAAUACAUUUUUUUGGGCAACGUGUAAAGGCUCCUAUAACCACAGCAAAAGAAUAAAAUAUGAAGCAGUAGAUGUGACGAUUUUGAAAGAUGUGUCGCUCUUUUGUUUAUGUAGUCUGCUUUGAGUAUUGGUGCCUUUAGGACAAAAUAUUUGACUGCCGGAGCCCUGAAUGCAAUUCCUCCUAUCAUUACAUUUGUAUGUUAGAAAUGACAUAUAAAAUGUGAAUUUACUGCCAAUGUGUUCUGGUCUCCAAUUUUGUAUGUAUAUUUUUUAUUUUGGUUGAAGAGGUACACACAGGUGCUAUAAAAUAUAGUUAUUUGUGUGCCAUAACUAUGUUUCCUUAUAAUGAGUUCAUGCUGCCAUGUUUUUCCCUUUCUGCCAGAGGUGUUUGACUUAAGUUGUAGUGUGCACUGUACACUAAACUAGUGGGUUGUAUGUAAGUUUUUAUUAUUCUGUGCAAUUUUGUAUUCAGAAGGUAAUGAAUGCAGUAGCUGGAUUUUUAGUGUCUGUUUUCAUCUGCUCAUUACUCAGUACUCUAUGAGAUGUGUGCAGACAUGCAUCCAUUCCAUUGUAGGUCAUUGAACGUUAUUGAGGAACCCUCAGAAAAAGAAGUACUGCCUGGAUCCGUAUUUUUCUCAGAACAUUUCUUAACCUCACCUUAGGAGCUGAGGAAUGAGUGUGAAGAACAGCACUACCAGUCCAGCUCAUCUCUUUUUCUAAGCAUUGAAACUGUAUAUAGUUUCUAUAAUAUAAGCCUUGGAUUUUCAUAACUAAUACAUUUGAGAACAAAGCAUACAAAGAUGGGGCAGUUGUAGUUUAGGAAUCAAAAGUGAACUGUGUAAUUUUGUGAAGUAAAUAACAUGCAAGUGUAAUUUGAAUCUCCAGGGCAAGUAGUGUAACAUUUACAUAAUUUUUGUAUGCUGUGACUCAUAAUGUUAUGUAAUAUGAUAUGUAAUCAGUAUGUAUCUUUCCUUCUUUUUAAAUAUGCUAUUUUAUGUAAAAAAAUGUUUCCUUUUAUUGGAAAUGAUGACUAAUAACUUAAAAACGUUGAAGACAAUAAACUGGACAAUGAUCUGUCAAAACCA